AUGUGGUACCUGGUGUGUCUGGUCUCGUACUGUGAGACUCACCUGGAGCCUCAUCUGACAGCUUCACGUCUGAAAAGACAUCAGCUGAUCGUCCCUGUGGAGAACCUGGAAGGCAGGAUGUGUACGAAGCACAAUAAACCUCUGGAGCUGUUCUGUAAGACCGACCAGACAUGUGUCUGCAUGCUCUGCACUGUUUUAGACCACAAGAUGCAUGAUGUUGUUCUUCUGAAAGAAGGAUAUGAAGGAAAGAAGGCAGAGCUGGGGAAGACAGAGGCUGAAAUUCAGCAGAUGAUCCAGAAGAGACAACUGAAGAUUCAGGAGGUCAAACACUCAGUCGACCUCAGUGAGGAAGAUGCAGACAGAGAGAUAGCAGAAGGUGAUCAGGUCUUCACUUCUCUGAAGGAGUCUGUUGAGAGAGGCCUGAAUGAGCUCAUCAACACGAUCAAAGAGAAGCAGAAAACAACAGAAAAACAGGCCGAAGCUUUCAUCAAAGAGCUGGAACAGGAAAUCUCUGAGCUGAUGAAGAGAAGCACUGAGGUGGAGCAGCUCUCACGCUCUGAAGACCACCUCCAUCUUCUCCAGAGUGUCCAGUCCCUAAACAUCCAACAACCUCCACCCACCAAGGACUGGACAGAGGUCAGCAUCCGUCCAUCAUCAUAUGAGGGGACUGUGGUGAAAGCUGUGGUUCAGCUGGAGGAGACACUCAGUAAAGAGAUGAAGAAGCUGCUUGAAGCCGAGCUGAAGAGUAUCCAGCAGUAUGCAGUGGAUGUGACUCUGGAUCCUGAUACAGCACAUCCUAAUCUCAUCCUGUCAACAUCUCCUCUUCAGAAGGUGGGGGUGUUUGUGGAUUAUGAGGAGGGUCUGGUCUCCUUUUAUGACGUAGAUGUUGCAGCUCUCAUCUACUCCUUUACUGGCUGCUCCUUCACUGAGAAACUCUUCCCAUUCUUCAGUCCCUGUAUGAAUGUUGGUGGUAAAAACUCUGCCCCUCUGAUCAUCUCUCCUGUCAGAGUAAACUAA